AAGACACGUGGAGCUUUUUCCCCGGAAGCAGAGAGCACGUGGCCGUAUGUCACGGUUAGUAACAUGGCCCACUCAGACUCGGUAAAAGCGAGUGUCCCGGCGUUUUUAAAGGAGGCGCAGUUGAUUAAACAGGGCGCGGAAGCUCGCGUCUACCGGAGCACGUUUUUGGGUCGGUCGGUGGUUAUUAAAGAGAGGUUCCCAAAAUUGUAUCGCCACCCUGAAGUCGAUGAGAAACUGACGCGCCGCAGAACCACACAGGAAGUGCGAUCCAUACUGCGCUGCAGGAGAGCAGGUAUCAACGCGCCUGUUGUUUAUUUUGUUGACUACACCACUCACUGCAUUUUCUUGGAGGACAUCCUUCACUCGGUGUCAGUAAGAGAUCACAUCGUAUCAGCCCGAGCGUCCGGAACCGACCCGAAGCGUCUCCAGACUCUAGCAGACGAGAUCGGAAGUAUCCUGGCUCAGAUGCACGACGAAGACGUCAUCCACGGGGAUCUCACCACCUCCAACAUGCUGCUGGUCAGUGGAGCCGAAGACCCGAACGUCAAGCUGGUUCUCAUCGACUUUGGGUUGAGUUAUAUUUCUGCUCUCCCGGAAGAUAAAGGGGUCGACCUGUACGUGUUGGAGAAAGCUUUUCUCAGCACUCAUCCCAAAACAGAGACUUUGUUUGAGAGGCUUCUGAAAAGUUACUCCGCCUCGUCCAAAAAGUCCUCUGCGGUCAUCAAGAAGCUGGAUGAAGUUCGGUUGAGAGGACGGAAGAGGUCUAUGGUCGGAUAAAGUGUCUUCUGGCAUUGAAUCGGUUUCACACAGGACUGUUGGAAAUGUAGUUUUCUUUUAGUACGUGAAUGUGUAGGGGUUUUUGUGAGACUGAACAUAAUGUGGUUUUUCUCCAGUUCAGCGUGGAUAAUGGACAAAUGCAGACCCUCGAACUGACACCAGCUCGUGUCUGGCCCACCUGAUCGAUAUUUAAUAAAUGUUGGUCAGAGUAACUACUUAAAAUAAUCACAAUAACACAAAAUGGCAAUUUAGUUGGAGUCCUAGUAAAAAUACAUGUGCUGGUGUGCCUCUGAGACCUUCAAAUAAAACCAAUAAAAACUGCAUUCAGUCAGUAAUAUACGUUCUGGAUAGUCAUGACUGGUGGUCAAGUCAAUUGAUCAUUGUGUAUGUGCAGCGGUGCUUUAUAACGGAUCGUAUGAGGAAUAGUGAAAAGAAAUGAAGAAGAAACCCAAGUUCUUUCUUGCAGCCUCAAAGAAAAUGACAUCGAGAAACAUCAUACCAGUAUUAGGUGAGAAGGAUGAGUUAUGCUCUGAUGAGUUAAAAAACCAAUGACAAUGAAUCAUCACUUAUUUUCAAUUUAAUUGAUUUCCAAAAAAGCAUUAUAAACAUACUAAUGUUCAUUUAUUUGCUGUAGAUACAAUACAAGAGUUCCCCUGGCUGUACAAAAAUAUUUCAUAUUUAACCAAAAUAUGUUUGCGUUACUGCUCAUUGUGUAAUAAAUGUUUUUUUUUGUCACUA